AUGACGAAAAGAGCAGGGCAAGACGAAAGACUAGAAGCUAAUAGAGUUAGGUCUGCUGCUAGCAGGGCAGUUGAGAUUCAUGACGAAAGAGACGAAAGACUAGAAGCUAAUAGAGCUAGGUCUGCUGCUAGCAGGGCAGUUGAGAUUCAUGACGAAAGAGACAAAGGACUAGAAGCUAAUAGAGUUAGGUCUGCUGCUAGCAGGGCAGUUGAGAUUCAUGACGAAAGAGACGAAAGACUAGAAGCUAAUAGAGCUAGGUCUGCUGCUAGCAGGGCAGUUGAGAUUCAUGACGAAAGAGACAAAGGACUAGAAGCUAAUAGAGUUAGGGGUCUGCUGCGGUCUGCUGCUAGCAGGGCAGUUGAGAUUCAUGACGAAAGAGACGAAAAGACUAGAAGCACUAAUAGAGUUAGGUCUGCUGCUAGCAGGGCAGUUGAGAUUCAUGACGAAAGAGACGAAAGACUAGAAGCUAAUAGAGCUAGGUCUGCUGCUAGCAGGGCAGUUGAGAUUCAUGACGAAAGAGACAAAGGACUAGAAGCUAAUAGAGCUAGGUCUGCUGCUAGCAGGGCAGUUGAGACUCAUGACGAAAGAGACAAAAGACUAGAAGCUAAUAGAGCUAGGUCUGCUGCUAGCAGGGCAGUUGAGACUCAUGACGAAAGAGACAAAAGACUAGAAGCUAAUAGAGUUAGGUCUGCUGCUAGCAGGGCAGUUGAGAUUCAUGACGAAAGAGACAAAGGACUAGAAGCUAAUAGAAUUAGGUCUGCUGCUAGCAGGGCAGUUGAGAUUCAUGACGAAAGAGACGAAAGACUAGAAGCUAAUAGAGCUAGGUCUGCUGCUAGCAGGGCAGUUGAGAUUCAUGACGAAAGAGACAAAGGACUAGAAGCUAAUAGAGUUAGGUCUGCUGCUAGCAGGGCAGUUGAGAUUCAUGACGAAAGAGACGAAAGACUAGAAGCUAAUAGAGUUAGGUCUGCUGCUAGCAGGGCAGUUGAGAUUCAUGACGUAAGAGACGAAAGACUAGAAGCUAAUAGAGCUAGGUCUGCUGCUAGCAGGGCAGUUGAGAUUCAUAAGGAAAGAGACGAAAGAUUAGAAGCUAAUAGAGCUAGGUCUGCUGCUAGCAGGGCAGUUGAGAUUCAUGACGAAAGAGACGAAAGACUAGAAGCUAAUAGAGCUAGCAGGGCAGUUGAGAUUCAUGACGAAAGAGACGAAAGACUAGAAGCUAAUAGAGCUAGGUCUGCUGCUAGCAGGGCAGUUGAGAUUCAUGACGAAAGAGACGAAAGACUAGAAGCUAAUAGAGCUAGGUCUGCUGCUAGCAGGGCAGUUGAGAUUCAUGACGAAAGAGACAAAGGACUAGAAGCUAAUAGAGCUAGGUCUGCUGCUAGCAGGGCAGUUGAGAUUCAUGACGAAAGAGACGAAAGACUAGAAGAAGCUAAUAGAGCUAGGUCUGCUGCUAGCAGGGCAGUUGAGAUUCAUGACGAAAGAGACGAAAGACUAGAAGCUAAUAGAGCUAGGUCUGCUGCUAGCAGGGCAGUUGAGAUUCAUGACGAAAGAGACAAAGGACUAGAAGCUAAUAGAGUUAGGUCUGCUGCUAGCAGGGCAGUUGAGAUUCAUGACGAAAGAGACGAAAGACUAGAAGCUAAUAGAGCUAGGUCUGCUGCUAGCAGGGCAGUUGAGAUUCAUGACGAAAGAGACGAAAGACUAGAAGCUAAUAGAGCUAGGUCUGCUGCUAGCAGGGCAGUUGAGAUUCAUGACGAAAGAGACAAAGGACUAGAAGCUAAUAGAGUAGGGUCUGCUGCUAGCAGGGCAGUUGAGAUUCAUGACGAAAGAGACGAAAGACUAGAAGCUAAUAGAGCUAGGUCUGCUGCUAGCAGGGCAGUUGAGAUUCAUGACGAAAGAGACAAAGGACUAGAAGCUAAUAGAGUUAGCAGGGCAGUUGAGACUCAUGACGAAAGAGACGAAAGACUAGAAGCUAAUAGAGCUAGGUCUGCUGCUAGCAGGGCAGUUGAGAUUCAUGACGAAAGAGACGAAAGACUAGAAGCUAAUAGAGCUAGGUCUGCUGCUAGCAGGGCAGUUGAGAUUCAUGACGAAAGAGACGAAAGACUAGAAGCUAAUAGAGCUAGCAGGGCAGUUGAGAUUCAUGACGAAAGAGACGAAAGACUAGAAGCUAAUAGAGCUAGGUCUGCUGCUAGCAGGGCAGUUGAGACUCAUGACGAAAGAGACGAAAGACUAGAAGCUAAUAGAGCUAGGUCUGCUGCUAGCAGGGCAGUUGAGAUUCAUGACGAAAGAGACGAAGGACUGGAAGCUAAUAGAGUUAGGUCUGCUGCUAGCAGGGCAGUUGAGAUUCAUGACGAAAGAGACGAAAGAUUAGAAGCUAAUAGAGCUAGGUCUGCUGCUAGCAGGGCAGUUGAGAUUCAUGACGAAAGAGACAAAGGACUAGAAGCUAAUAGAGUUAGGUCUGCUGCUAGCAGGGCAGUUGAGAUUCAUGACGAAAGAGACGAAAGACUAGAAGCUAAUAGAGCUAGGUCUGCUGCUAGCAGGGCAGUUGAGACCCAUGACGAAAGAGACGAAAGACUAGAAACUAAUAAAGCUAGGUCUGCUGCUAGCAGGGCAGUUGAGAUUCAUGACGAAAGAGACGAAAGACUAGAAGCUAAUAGAGCUAGGUCUGCUGCUAGCAGGGCAGUUGAGACUCAUGACGAAAGAGACGAAAGACUAGAAGCUAAUAGAGCUAGGUCUGCUGCUAGCAGGGCAGUUGAGAUUCAUGACGAAAGAGACGAAAGACUAGAAGCUAAUAGAGCUAGGUCUGCUGCUAGCAGGGCAGUUGAGAUUCAUGACGAAAGAGACGAAAGACUAGAAGCCAAUAGAGCUAGGUUUGCUGCUAGCAGGGCAGUUGAGACUCAUGACGAAAGAGACGAAAGACUAGAAGCUAAUAGAGCUAGCAGGGCAGUUGAGAUUCAUGACGAAAGAGACGAAAGACUAGAAGCUAAUAGAGCUAGGUCUGCUGCUAGCAGGGCAGUUGAGACUCAUGACGAAAGAGACGAAAGACUAGAAGCUAAUAGAGCUAGGUCUGCUGCUAGCAGGGCAGUUGAGAUUCAUGACGAAAGAGACGAAAGACUAGAAGCUAAUAGAGCUAGGUCUGCUGCUAGCAGGGCAGUUGAGACUCAUGACGAAAGAGACGAAAGACUAGAAGCUAAUAGAGCUAGGUCUGCUGCUAGCAGGGCAGUUGAGACUCAUGACGAAAGAGACGAAAGACUAGAAGCUAAUAGAGCUAGGUCUGCUGCUAGCAGGGCAGUUGAGACUCAUGACGAAAGAGACGAAAGACUAGAAGCUAAUAGAGCUAGGUCUGCUGCUAGCAGGGCAGUUGAGACUCAUGACGAAAGAGACGAAAGACUAGAAGCUAAUAGAGCUAGGUCUGCUGCUAGCAGGGCAGUUGAGACUCAUGACGAAAGAGACGAAAGACUAGAAGCUAAUAGAGCUAGGUCUGCUGCUAGCAGGGCAGUUGAGACUCAUGACGAAAGAGACGAAAGACUAGAAGCUAAUAGAGCUAGGUCUGCUGCUAGCAGGGCAGUUGAGACUCAUGACGAAAGAGACGAAAGACUAGAAGCUAAUAGAGCUAGGUCUGCUGCUAGCAGGGCACAGGCAGUUGAGACUCAUGACGAAAGAGACGAAAGACUAGAAGCUAAUAGAGCUAGGUCUGCUGCUAGCAGGGCAGUUGAGAUUCAUGACGAAAGAGACGAAAGACUAGAAGCUAAUAGAGCUAGGUCUGCUGCUAGCAGGGCAGUUGAGAUUCAUGACGAAAGAGACGAAAGACUAGAAGCUAAUAGAGCUAGGUCUGCUGCUAGCAGGGCAGUUGAGAUUCAUGACGAAAGAGACGAAAGACUAGAAGCUAAUAGAGCUAGGUCUGCUGCUAACAGGGCAGUUGAGAUUCAUGACGAAAGAGACGAAAGACUAGAAGCUAAUAGAGCUAGGUCUGCUGCUAGCAGGGCAGUUGAGACUCAUGACGAAAGAGACGAAAGACUAGAAGCUAAUAGAGCUAGGUCUGCUGCUAGCAGGGCAGUUGAGAUUCAUGACGAAAGAGACGAAAGACUAGAAGCUAAUAGAGCUAGCAGGGCUGUUGAGAUUCAUGACGAAAGAGACGAAAGACUAGAAGCUAAUAGAGCUAGGUCUGCUGCUAGCAGGGCAGUUGAGACUCGAAAUGACGAAAGAGACGAAAGACUAGAAAAGACUAAUAGAGCUAGGUCUGCUGCUAGCAGGGCAGUUGAGACUCAUGACGAAAGAGACGAAAGACUAGAAGCUAAUAGAGCUAGGUCUGCUGCUAGCAGGGCAGUUGAGACUCAUGACGAAAGAGACGAAAGACUAGAAGCUAAUAGAGCUAGGUCUGCUGCUAGCAGGGCAGUUGAGAUUCAUGACGAAAGAGACGAAAGACUAGAAGCUAAUAGAGCUAGGUCUGCUGCUAGCAGGGCAGUUGAGAUUCAUGACGAAAGAGACGAAAGACUAGAAGAUAAUAGAGCUAGGUCUGCUGCUAGCAGGGCAGAUGAGACUCCUCUGUUGAUACAGACAAGCGACUUAUUGGACAGCAUCCGGGAUGGUUUAACUCUGUAUAUAUCUAUCUAUCUAUCUAUCUAUCUAUCUAUCUAUCUAUCUAUCUAUCUAUCAUAUACAGUGGACUCUUCCGUUGUUUUCCACAUAUGA